CACUCCCUUUUUUAUGACAACUACACUACACCCUUUGUAACCAUUAUUCUUAGUUGAAAUAACUGACGUUUUCGCGCCCAAGCUAACAGUGCUGUUACCUUGGACGGCGCAACGGUGAGAAAUCCCUAGCGCGUCACCCAAACCGCAGGCGGCUUGAUCUCUGUGACAUUGAAGUUGCGAUUGAAAACCGAAAGCUGUUAACCACAUGUUAUCUGGGUUAUUGCAAAGAGGCGGCCAGCGACCACAGCUCAUCCAACAUCUCGGUGAACAACUAUUCCGCGGGGCACCCAUACUCUACUCCCAAAUCCGCAAGAUGGAUGACAUUGCUUUAGACGCGGCCAAGAAAACAGCGGCCCGCACAGCCGUGGAUCAAUGGGUCACGGAGGAUACGAAGAUUCUGGGCAUCGGUAGCGGCUCCACCGUCGUCUAUGCUGUCCAGCGAAUUGCGGAGCGCGUGUGGAAGGAGGGGGAGCUCACGGAUCUCAUCUGCGUGCCCUCGUCCUAUCAGGCGCACCACUUGAUCCUCGACUACAACCUGAACCUGGGCGAUCUGGACAGGAACCCCAACAUAGACGUGGCCAUCGACGGGGCGGACGAGGUGGACCGGCACAUGGUGCUGAUCAAGGGUGGCGGUGGCUGCCUGCUCCAGGAGAAGGUGGUGGCCUCCUGCGCCAAGAACUUCAUCGUAGUGGCCGACUACACGAAGAACUCCAUUCGCUUGGGCGAGCAGUGGUGCCGCGGAGUUCCCAUCGAGGUGGCCCCCAUGGCCUAUGUGCCCAUCAAGCUCCACAUCGAAGCGCUGUUCGGCGGAGAAGCCUCGCUGCGGAUGGCCAAGGUCAAAGCGGGACCCAUUGUCACGGAUAAUGGCAACUUCCUGCUGGACUGGAAGUUUAUUGCCAACAGGGAGUACGACUGGGACGAGGUCAACAAGGCCAUUACCAUGAUUCCCGGUGUUCUCGAGACGGGAUUGUUUGUAAACAUGGCCCAAAAGUGUUAUUUCGGCAUGGCCGAUGGCAAUGUCAAGGUCCAGAACAAGUAGUUUUUAGGGGUUUCGGAAUAAAGUUUGAUUAUCCAUUAUAUUUUGUUGAAUAAAUUUUGAGGUGCCAUUGAA